UGCGUGCCAUUUUCCAGGUACCAAAAGUGCCGCUCUCGUUUUCCCUUAAUUCUUUUCUCCUUUUCUUUUUCUUUUAUUUCACUUUUUCCUUUCCUUUCGCUCUUUUUACCUUUUCUAUCCCACGUCCUCCAAUUCCUCUCUCACGCAGAACCUUUUCGAUUAUGCACUGGCUCCCGCAAUUCGUGGUUCUUUCGUCCGGCAUCCUGGCCUCGUCAAUGGCCCAGCUUUCUGAUCGCGCCAGCGAACUUGGACUCAAGCAGACAUGGACGGCUCCGUUGGGCGACUCUGGCAGCAGCGCCUCCAGCUUCAUGGCGGACCAGUGGGGUAUCUCGACGAGCAACUUUUACGGCAACACGGAUGUCUCGUUCGAAAGCGAUCCCAUCACGCAGAACGGAACGGUACUGAGUGUCCUGUACGCAGCAGGCUCGUAUUCGCCCAGUGGCACCAAGUCCAACGACGGCAGCAUGGGCGGUGUCGAGCUUAAUGCGGUGCCCAUCGACGGCAACUUUGAUAGCGCGCUCUUGACCUACGAAUUGGCAUUCGCAGAAAAUUUUGAUUGGGUUCUUGGCGGCAAGUUACCUGGUCUGUUUGGAGGCUCGCCGGACGAAAGCUGCUCCGGCGGUAACCAAGCAACCGGCUCCAACUGCUUCUCGAUGCGUCUCAUGUGGCGUGAAGCUGGAGCGGGAGAAGCUUACGCCUACAUCCCCGACAACAGCAUCUGCGGUUCUGGCUCUGUCCAGUGCAACGACGAAUACGGUAUCAGCUUUUCCCGUGGCGUCAUCCAACUCAAGACCAACCAGUGGACGAAAUUAGAAAUGUACGUCAAAAUCAACAACGCAACCGAAUCCAACGGCAUCCUGCAAGUCUGGCAAGACGGUUCCUUGGUCAUCAACCAGCAAUCGCUCAAAUAUAGAACAAGCAACGCUAUCGCAGUAUCCAGCCUCAUGUUCAGCACUUUCUUUGGAGGCGGUGACACUAAAUAUGCUACCUCCGUUGACACCUACACCUAUUAUAAAAACAUUGAAUACAGUGUCGGGAACGAAGUAGAGCUUAGUGAUAGUGCUUCCACCCGUGUUACAGCCGCUUACUCACUUGUCGCCCUUGUCGCUGUUGCAUGUUAUUUUGUGUCGUUGUAAAAGAGCGUUUAUUUCAAGACGACAUCCAUCCAUCGCUAAUCAUCACUCAAUCACCACAUACUGCGCUACAGCUACUACAGCUACCACUACAACAAAAACAUGCCUUCUACACCGGCACGCACAGAUCCAUUGCAGCGCACGAUAUACCAUCUCAACUCACACCCGCUCACCGACACACCCUGUAUCUUACGUACGCUAUAAUCUCUAUCUUUUCUUUUUGCUAGUGCUAUACUAUUAUUUAUUUCACUCCCUCUUAUACCGCCCUCCUCUCCCAUACUUACCUUCUAUCCUGCCAAGACCUCCUUCUUUUUUCUUACCUUGUAUGUAUUACGUUAACCUGUUUGUUCACCAUUUUUUAAAAAGAAAUCCAAUAAAUUUUUUCAUUGAUUAUCGUUCAAA